CGUACUCUCGUGCGCCAACACCACUCCAAUUCUACGGGAGAUCUCUAAGCUUUUCCUUGUGUUCUUUAUUUCAAACAAAACAAAACAAAGUAAAAGUUUCUCGCUUUGAACAACGUACACAAUCGUAUAGAAGAAUCUGAAUAUCCAACAAAAUGACUCCGCAAAGAUGCACCGCUGCUCUAGUCAUCGUCCUUUUCUCCGUCAGCUGCGUCCUCUCUCAACAUCCGCGCGUUCCAAUCACACCUUGCAAUGGUAGUCCCAUGUCCGGCAAAUUGCUAGAAGUGCGUGUUUCCAACUGCAAUAACAACUUCCCUUGCAUCUUGAAACGAGGAUCUCAGGCCACCAUCGAGUUUGAUUAUAUUCCAACUCAAGAUACGAACCGGAUAACUACGGGAGCUACAGCUCGUCUUGGAGCCGUUCCUCUUCCAUUUGUUGGUACAAACAAUCAGCCAGCGUGUUCGAGGAUUACGUCAAAACAGUCCCGUCAGAGUCCCGGCUGCAGCUUAAGGGCGGGAGAAGUCUAUACCUACUCGAACACAUUUCCCAUCCUGCAAAUUUACCCUGUGACCAACGUGCUGGUUCAGUGGGAGCUGAACGAUGGCAACCGACAGAAAAUCACCUGUUUUACAAUCCCUGCCAGGAUCGUCUAAGCGCGAAGUCGUCAGAAGGACCAAAUGCUUUUGAAAAUCUCAAUUUCCAUUUUUUUGUGUGUCACACUUUAAAUUUUAAUUCUUCUUUGUCGGUGAGUUUUCUCAAGUAGAUUACCUCUGCAAGCCAAGAGCUCUCUUAUAUUUUGAAAUACGUUUUUUUGCUUUGUACAGAACACUAGAAUACAAUCUCUAUAUUUUACGGAAAUAAAAAAUACAUUUCUUUCUUGUUUAAAAAAAAAAUCCAUUAUUACCCCGGUUGGCCAUUUGAAAUAAACAAGAAAAUU